AUGGCCAACCUAUUCGGUGCCGCCUUCCGCGACUUCUGGCAUACGAUGACCAGCUAUGACCGACACUCUACGUACGACUCACCACAGCGUUCCGGACGCCACGUUCCCCUGCAGGACGGCCGGACCAGCGGCCUCUUCACCGGCGUCGCCACUGCCUCCGACUCCCGACCCGACGUCAGCUCACCCUUCUACGACGAGCACAGCCGCGCGUCCCCCUCGGCCGGCGGCAUCCCCGGCAGCCCCGGAGGCCCCUACUCGCCCGGCCUGCGGUCCAUGGCCGCCAAGAACGCCAGCCAGACCGACGGCUUCGAGGUGCAGAGCCCGGGCGAGGUGCCCAUGCAGUCCUUCGAGGACGGCCAGCCGCCGCCACCGCCCAUCCGGCACUCGUGGAGGCGCAUAGACGCCUGGGCCGAGGAGAACUACCCCGAGCUGUUCGACCAGCUCGGCGAGGGUGCCACCGUCAACGACCUCAACGAGCUCGAGCACCAGCUCGACUGCUCCCUCCCCCAAGACGUGCGCGAGUCGCUCAUGGUCCACGACGGCCAGGAGCGCGGCGGAUACCCCACCGGCAUCAUCUUCGGCUCCAUGCUCCUCGACUGCGAGGAGAUCGUCCACGAGUUCCAGAACUGGCGCAUCGUCAACCAGGAGUUCCUGGCCGAGGCCCAGCACGCCGCCCAGCAGACGACGGUGCCCUCCAAGGCCUUUGGCGGCGGCAGCAGCGAGGCCUCGUCGUCGAGGCAGCGCGCCGCCUCGCAGGGGAGCAACCCGGACGAGUGGCGCCACAGCCUGCUGUCCAAGCAGGACUGCGUGCCUCCCAACGCCGUCCGCAAGGCCUACGCCCACCCGGCCUGGAUCCCCCUGGUGCGCGACUGGGGAGGCAACAACAUCGCCGUCGACCUGGCUCCCGGCCCCAAGGGUCGAUGGGGUCAGAUCAUCAUGUUCGGCCGCGACUACGACACCAAGUACGUCGUCGCCCGCUCGUGGUCGGCCUUCAUCGCCUCCGUGGCCGACGACCUCAACAGCGGCAAGUGGUUCGUCGACGAGGACACCAACGAGCUGAAGCUCCGCGAGUUCAGGGAGACGCGCGUCGAGCCCGGCUACUUCAGCAUCCUGCGGUGGCGCAUGGACCAGAAGUACGGCCGCCGCGCCGCCCAGCGGAGGUCCAUGGCUCCCCAGCCCAGGGGCGGCGCCGCCGGCUCCCCGCUCGGCUCGCGGUCGUCGUCGCCCUACGCCAGCCCCGUCGACGGCGGCGCCGCCCCGGACGCCCGCGGACGGUCCAUGCAGCGCCUGCGCGACUCGUCACCCCUGACCAGCCCCAUGCGCGGCGCCGGCUUCGGAAAGCCGCCUGCCCUCGGUAGGGUGACGGAGGAGACGCCGAUCCCGGAGCUGAUGACGGCCCACAUCGAGCCCUCGAAGCUCGUCGAGGUCGAGACGCCGCUGGAGCAGCCGGCCGGCGCGGCCUCGGCCUCGGCCAGCAGCACGGCCGCCACAUCUUCCACGGCGACGCCGGCCACCACGGCCCCCACGUCGACGACGUCGGAACCGGCCGGCAAGCCUGCACGGCCGUCGUCCGAGUCCAAGACGGGCAAGGACAAGGAGAACGUGGCGCCCGAGGCGGAUGGCAAGACGGACGAGACGAUGAAGGAGAUUGAGAUCUGA